CAUGGAAGUUGGGCGAGAAAAUCGACUUGUAUUUUUGCUUUGGUUGAGUUAUCAGAAGCCUCUUUGACCCCUGAGCCUUGAAUUAAAAAAUCGAAGUACCUUGGGCCGCGUUAAUCGCAAAAGUCAGAACUGGGGCGAUUUAAGAAGAACCACCGAUCGAGGGCUUUUGUGUGUCAGCCCAUCGUCAUCGUCAGUAUCGUCAUCAACAUCAUCAUCGACAGCAACACGGACAUGUACGGAUUCAGCGGUCCGAUGUCCGAUGCGGGAGAGCUGGAGGUGAGCAACAUGAGUGACGUCAACAAGGCCAACCCGCACGGAUGCGACAACGGCGCCCUGACGGACCGCUUCGGGGUCCUCAUCCAGGGACUCCUGGCCAUCGUCGCCUUCAGCACGCUCAUGUUGAAAAGGUUCCGGGAGCCAGCAGGCAUCCGCCGACCUUGGAGGAUCUGGUUUUUCGACACGUCCAAGCAGGCCAUUGGCGCUCUGUUCAUCCACUUCGCCAACGUCUUCCUGUCCACGCUCACCAAAGAGGACCCUUGCUCGCUCUACCUGAUGAACUUCCUGCUGGACGCUACGGUGGGCAUGCUGGUCAUCUGGCUGGGCGUCACGCUGGUGUCGCGCGUGGUGGAGUACAAGCAGUGGACGCAGCUCACGUUUGGCGAGUACGGCGACCCCCCGCAGGCGGCGGCGUGGCUGGGUCAGUGCGGCACGUACCUGCUCAUCAUGGUUCUGGAGAAAGGCGCCAUCAGCCUGGUGCUGCUCGUGCCAGGAUGGUCCAAACUCCAAGAGGUUCUGUUGGGCUACAUCGCAAACCCUCAACUGGAGCUGGCGCUGGUCAUGCUCAUCGUGCCCUUCAUCGUCAACUCGGUCAUGUUCUGGGUGGUGGACAGCCUGACCAUGAGGAAGCUGAAGAACACUAAGAGCCCGGGUGACUCGUGCGAUGCCUCGCCCAAGAAGGCCGACGCGUCGCCUUGGGCGGUCAAUGACGAGUCGCGGGUUCUGCUGACGGCGGAGACGGACACGGACGAGGCGUCGGAGGGCGAAGAGGAACCGGGCGACGGCGCUCUGCCUCCCGUGCAGUACUCGGGAGCGCAAGCGAGGCCCAGCUGGGUGAUGGUGUGAAGCCGCCAGCAUCUAAAGCUUCCACACACGCGCGCGCACACACAGAAAGAAGCCUCCACACGCUCCAAUUAAAGGUCUACACAUCAGCUUUCAAGUGGGAACGCCACCAUGUCGGUUCUCCUUCUUUUGGUGCGACAAAGAUGAGCGCACUUGAAGGCAUGAAGGAUUACUCAUCUGCACUUCAAAAUCCGGAAAAAAAAUCAUUCUUCUUCCGCCCCCCUCCCACGCUGGGGACUUUUCGGGAAGAAGAGCUGCUUUAAAUCCAUCUUUUGAUGGAAGGUCCCAUUAUUCCGGCAAGCGCUGCCUUCCGGCUACUUCCGAACAACUUCCAAGGAACAUCAAACAAGUUUUUUUGUUUCUUUUUUUAAAUAGUAAAUUACGUGUGUGUACUUAUUUCAUGUCAGCUGUGUUGUUGUUAAGAAAUCGUGCGCAAGCCCGUUGUUGCCAGUCAAAAAAAAAAAAAAAGGGGUGGAAGAGGAAAUCAAAUGUUACCACCUUUUGUGAUGUACAAAAGUAUUUCUUAAUUAUGACAGAAUUUUUUAAUUUACGUUCACUAGUUUUUUUCCUUUUUUAAUUGUCAGAAACAUGGAAGUCCUUAAUAGUGUCUUUUUUUUUUUUUUUUUUACUGGCAGAAACAAAUCAACAAGCUUAAUGUUGCCAGAAAAGUCCAAUAUUUGGCAAAAUUUGUAUGUAGACAUUGAUGAGGUUGUCACACGACACGAAUGUUCGCUUAGCUUCACACAACUACAGAGCACUGUGGUAGUUGUUGCACAUUUUAUAGCAUUUGUUUGCGAGCCACUCAACAGUAGCUUAGUUUCAAUACACAUUAAGCUAAGCUAACAUUAGAACUUUUAUUCCAAAUGACCGUCUUAUGAUUAUUGUAUCUUGUAUUUAUUCGCGUUGUGUGUAAUUGACUUUUAUAUUACAGUUAUUAACCUUUAAAACUUGAACUUUACAAAGCAUUGUUAUUACUGUUGUUAAGUUGGACAAAAUGUGUCAUUUUAUUUUCUGAUUUAGCCUUUUGAAUGUUUUGUUUUUUUCUCUUUUAUAUCUGAUCUCUGGGACUGGUCACUAUGGUGCUCCUUACAGAAUGUAUGUGGUUGAUCUGUGGCCAAAAAUAAAAGUCGACCGACGCAAGAACA